AUGUCCAUAUGCCACGAAGAUACUGGUGGUAGACUGCUGGUUGAGGUGUCCCCGGAAUCGUCCGUCUUCGGCGGAGCAGGAGCACCCCAGACAGGGGAUAGGCCUCUCCCCGUCGAGCUGAAGAGGGAAGAGGCGCGAAAGAGGGCCGAAGAGGAGCUGGAGGAGCGGCUGCGUUACGUGAAGUCGCCGCUCCCUCCCAGAACCGACACGGACGAUGACCUACCCGUCCUUAAGGAGGACCUGAUUCAGUGCGGGCAAAUUGUGCGGGCAAUUGUGAGAAAGUCCGGAAAUCUAAAGGGCACGUCACAAAAGGCGCUCAACCGGGUAAUUAAUCUUAUCACUCGGUACGUACAGCAACCAGAGUCGGCCGCCAUUGCCCGUCUGGAAGAGGAGAGAAAGAAGUGGCGCGAAAACAGCGAGCGCCUGGAGGAGAGCGUAAAGCGGCUAGAAGAGGAAAACCUCCCUCCGCCGUCGGCUCGAGGACCUGGAAGCGUCAAACAACUCCAGGACCACCACGGAGGAGAUGCUGGCCAUGGUGGAGGCAAGGGUGCAGGCCCGCAGCCCAAGACCAAGAAGGAGAAAGGGAAAGGCAAGGGUAAGAAAACAGCCUCCGCUCACCCAACCCCCGCUCCCGUGGCCGGACCAUCCAGCGCGCCGCUGCAAGACAUCGCUGGGCCCUCCACGGCGGCGGCUGGCAGCCCAGCACAGCCUGCCACCAAGAGAAAGCAGGCGAAGACCGCUCCAAAUAACAAAACAGCGUCGGGCCCCAAGCCCCAAAAGGGCGUUAAGAAGACGGCACCGCCCUCCGGAACCCCGCCCAUUGCCGCCAGCUCCGGCCUCAAUGGAGGCACCGUGGACUGA